CUCCAUUGCACCAGUCCUGAGAACGUUCCAAUCCCCACAGCAGAAUGGGGACACUCUUACGACUCCUGGCCUGGACACUGCUGUCUGUUGGGCUGACAGUUGGUUCAGAUGAUCAACAAUCCUCUUCUCAGUCCGUGUAUAUGACUUCUUCCAUCACUAAGUUAUCGGUGAUCUCAGGAGUGAGCCCUGCUCACAAUGGCCGAGUUUGCAGCACUUGGGGAAACUACCACUUCAAGACUUUUGAUGGGGAUGUCAUCCAAGUGCCCUCCACCUGUAACUUUGUCCUAAGCUCUCUGUGCAAGAGCGACUACGAAGAGUUCAACAUCCAGAUGAGGAGGCAAGUGGUGGACGGCCUGCCCACCAUCAGCAAGAUCACCAUGAAGCUGGACGGGACAGUGGUGGAGCUCACCAAGGACUCAGUCCUUGUCAACCAUAACGAGGUCAUCUUGCCAUACAGCCAGCUUGGAGUUCUUAUUGAGCCAACCCCCUCGCACCUUAAGAUUACAUGCAAGCUGGGCCUGGUUGCCACAUGGAACAGGGAUGACUCCUUCUUGAUGGAAAUGGACAACAAAUUCAGAAACCAGACGUGUGGGCUCUGCGGUGACUUUAACGGGGUGCAGACCUACGAUGAGUUCUAUAAAGAUGGUGCAAAAUUAUCUGCUAUUAACUUUGCUAACAUCUGGAGGAUGGACAGCCCCACAGAAAACUGUGAAGAACAUGCACCGUUGCCUGAAAAGAGCUGCAACACUGUGGAGCUGCAAGAGGCUUGCGAGAAGCUAAUGUCCCAAGAGGCCUUCAGCAGUUGCCAGGACCUGGUGGCCAGCGAUUACCUAAUGAAAGCCUGCGUUUCUGACAUGUGCAACUGCAACGAGAGCAGCAGCUCUUUUUGCCUGUGUAACACCAUCUCGGAGUACUCGCGACAGUGCGUACACGCUGGUGGACAGCCACAGCAGUGGAGGACCCAGCAAUUCUGCAGCAAAUCCUGUCCCUUUAACAUGGAGUACCAGGAGUGUGGAACCCCGUGCAUCGACACUUGCUCUAACUCAGACAGAAGCCAACUGUGUGAGGAGCACUGCACCGACGGCUGCUUCUGCCCACCUGGGACUGUUUUUGAUGACAUCAAGCGGUCUGGCUGUAUCAAAGUAGAGCAGUGCUCUUGUACCUAUAAUGGAGGAACAUACGGUUCAGGAGAAUCUUACAAAACUAAUUGCAGGAAAUGUACAUGUUCUGGGGGUGAGUGGAGCUGUGAGGAACUGGAAUGCCCUGGAACCUGUUCUGUAGAGGGUGGGUCACAUAUCACCACUUUCGACGGAAAAGCCUACAGCAUUAAUGGGCAGUGCUCCUACUUCCUGGUCAAGCAACGCGAAGGAAACAAUUUCACAGUUCUGGCAGACUUAGAAAAAUGUGGCCUAAGCGACACAGAGACCUGUCUGAAGGCUGUGAGCAUCCGAGUCCUAGAUACUAUCAUCUCCAUCCAGCCAAACGGAGCUGUCUCUGUAAAUAGUUUAGUAGCUCCACUGCCACUUUCUACAGAUCAGGUCACCAUCUUCAAGCCAUCCACAUUCUACAUCAUUGCCGACACCAAGUACGGGCUCCAGCUGAGGAUCCAGCUGGUUCCAGUCAUGCAGGCCUACAUCACCUUAAACCCCUCAAACAAGGGGAUAACCUGUGGUCUGUGCGGAAACUUUAACAAUAUGGAAACGGACGACUUCAAAGUCACUUCUGGACUGGUUGAGAGCACCCCAGCAGCAUUCGCCAACACCUGGAAGGCUAGGUCCAGCUGCCCCGAUAUUAAGGGCAGCACUGAGGACCCCUGCAGUCUUAGCGUGGAGAAUGAGCGAUAUGCCACGCACUGGUGCUCCUUCCUGACAGAAUCAAAGGGACCAUUUUCCCGGUGCCAUUCUGAGAUAAACCCAGACAAGUACAAAAUGCAAUGCAUGCAUGACAGCUGCAACUGCGAGAAGAGCGAAGACUGCAUGUGUGCUGCAAUCACUUCCUACGUCCAUGCUUGUGCCGUCAAAGGCAUCAUACUCAAAGGAUGGAGAAAUCAUUUCUGCAAUAAAUACACCAGCUGCCCAAGCUCAAUGGUGUUUCAGGACAGCAUGACCUGCUGCAAGCGCACCUGCCGCUCUCUCAGUGAGCCUGACUACACCUGCCAGGUAGACUUCUUACCUGUGGACGGCUGCGGUUGUGAAGAGGGAACCUACAUGAACCAAGAAAACCAAUGUGUCCCUGCCACAAGCUGUCCCUGUUACCACAAGGGGGUGGAGGUUGAAGCAGGAGAGACAAUCAUCAAGAACGGGGCUACAUGCACUUGCAAGAAAGGAUCUCUGAGUUGCUUUGGGGCUGAACAACAGAUAAAAACCACCUGCGUCUCACCCAUGGUGUUCUUCAACUGCGAGGGGACCAAAUCAGGGACCAAAGGGUCUGAGUGCCAGAGGAGCUGCAGUGCACUCAACAUGGAGUGUGUCAGUACGGAGUGCAUUUCAGGCUGCGUAUGUCCUGAAGGACUGGUGGCUGAUGGGAUGGGUGGCUGUGUAAAAGAGGAAACUUGUCCCUGUAUCCACAAUGGUGUUCCAUACCAGCCUGGGUCCAAAAUUAAAGUUUCCUGCAACAAAUGCACCUGUAAGAAAAGCAAAUGGGAGUGUACAUCUAAUGAGUGCCAUGGGACCUGUGCCAUAUAUGGAGAUGGCAAUUACAUCACCUUUGAUGAGAAAAGGUUCAGAUUCAGUGGAGGGUGUGAAUAUACCCUCACUCAGGAUUACUGCAGCAAGAGCAUUAAUGGAACUUUCAGGGUGGUCACUGAGAACGUACCCUGCGGAACCACUGGCACCACCUGUUCUAAGGCCAUCAAGCUCUAUCUGGAGGGUAAUGAGCUGGUACUGGCUGAAGGAAAGUACCAUGUGAUACAGAGGGAGACUGGCAGUGAGAUUCCAUUCAAGAUCAGAACCAUGGGGAUAUACCUGGUGGUUGAGGCAAACAAUGGCCUAAUCCUAAUAUGGGACAGAAAGACCAGCAUGUUCAUCAAACUUGCCCCAACAUUUGAGGGCCGCGUCUGUGGUCUGUGUGGAAACUACGAUGGCAACGGAAACAACGACUUCACCACCAGGAGCCAGGCAGUGGUAGCGAACCCCGUGGAGUUUGGAAACAGCUGGAAGGUGGCUCCCACCUGCCCCGAUGCAGAGCUCAUAAAAGACCCCUGCACAUCAAACCCUUACAGACAAUCCUGGGCCCAGAAGCAGUGUAGCAUCAUCAACAGCAGAGUGUUCAGUGCCUGCCACUCACAGGUGGACCCUGGGCAGUACUACGAUGCGUGCGUGAGCGACUCGUGCGCGUGUGACAGUGGGGGAGACUGUGAGUGCUUCUGCACGGCUGUGGCGUCUUACGCGCAGGCCUGCAACGAAGCUGGAGUGUGCGUCGCCUGGAGAACUCCCCAAAUCUGCCCUCUGUUCUGUGAUUACUACAAUGGCCCUGAUGAUUGUGAAUGGCACUACAAGCCCUGUGGAGCCCCCUGCGUUAAAACCUGCAGGAAUCCUUCAGGGAUUUGCUCCAAACAGAUUCCUGCCCUUGAAGGCUGCUAUCCAAAGUGUCCUGCAGACAAACCAUUCCUAGAUGAAGACACAAUGAAAUGUGUGCCGAGUGAAGAUUGUGGCUGCUAUGAUGAAGAGGGAAAUCACUACACCAAUGGACAGAGUGUCCCAUCCACAAAGAACUGUGAGACCUGCUACUGUGCAAUGACUGGAGUACUCUGCAGUCAUGAUGACAACGCCUGUUACUGCAUAUACAAAGGAAAUAAUUACCCUUAUGGAGUUACCAUUUACAACACUACCGAUGGUGACGACAGUUGUAUCACUGCUGUCUGCGGAAAGAAUGGAACAAUUGAGAGGGAUAUGUAUCAUUGUGCAACCACCACCACAGUAGUACCAACCACGUCACCCAGGACCACAGAAUCCACAAGCACCGCCACAUAUACCACAGCACCACCGACAACAGUCUUUGUCUUCUCAACAACAGGAGUGACAUCAGGAACAACAGAAGAAGGAAGGGAAACUUCCUUCAAGCCAGUUACACAAACAUUGCCCAUAUUCACAUUGCCAGAAGAAACUACAACAAAAUAUUCAACAUUGCCACAGACAGUGACCACAGCAGGGGAAACAAAAAGCACACCAGGGCCAACGGGGUCAACAGAAGUCAAACCCACACCAUCUCCCACAGCACCUUUGACGACAGAAAAACUGAUAUCCACAACAGAGAAAAUUCAGACUGAAACAACAAAGCCACCAACGGAGACAACCACUGCCCCUAUCAUAGAAACAUCAUCCACAACUCCAAUUUCAGAAAUCACAAGUUCAACAACAGAAGAAGUAUUCACUACUCCAGUAACACCACCUAAGACUACCACUUCUCCUGUUGUGACAUCAUCAAGACCCUCGACUAGCACGGAGACAACAAUUGUGCCACCUACAACAACAGAGGUAAAACCUACAACGUCUCAGACAGGUCCAACAACCACUCAAAAACCAUCCACAACAGAGGAAAAGACAUCAGGAACAACAGAAGAAGGGAGGGAAACUUCCUUCAAGCCAGUAACACAAACAUUGCCCAUAUUCACAUUGCCAAAAGAAACUACAACAAAAUAUUCAACAUCGCCACAGAAAGUGACCACAGCAGGGGAAACAAAAAGCACACCAGGGCCAACGGAGUCAACAGAAGUCAAACCCACACCAUCUCCCACAGCACCUUUGACGACAGAAAAACCGAAAUCCACAACAGAGAAAAUUCAGACUGAAACAACAAAGCCACCAACGGAGACAACCACUGGUCCUAUCAGAGAAACAUCAUCCACAACUCCAAUUUCAGAAAUCACAAGUUCAACAACAGAGGCAGAAGUCACUACUCCAGUAGUACCACCUAAGACUUCCACUUCUCCUGUUGUGACGUCAUCAAGACCUUCCACUAGCACGGAGACAACAAUUGUGCCACCUAAAACAACGGAAGGACAACCCACACCAUCUCCCACAGCACCUUUGACGACAGAAAAACCAUCCACAACAGAGAAAAUUGAGACUGAAACAACAAAGCCACCAACAGAGACAACCACUGGUCCUAUCAUAGAAACAUCAUCCACAACUCCAAUUUCAGAAAUCACAAGUUCAACAACAAAAGCAGAAGUCACUACACCAGUAGUACCACCUGAGACUUCCACUUCUCCUGUUGUGACAUCAUCAAGACCAUCCACUAGCACGGAGACAACAAUUGUGCCACCUACAACAACAGAGGUAAAACCUACAACGUCUCAGACAGCUCCUACAACCACUGAAAAACCAUCCACAACAGAGAAAAUUGAGACUGAAACAACAAAGCCACCAACAGGACAACCACUGGUCCUAUCAUAGAAACAUCAUCCACAACUCCAAUUUCAGAAAUCACAAGUUCAACAACAAAAGCAGAAGUCACUACACCAGUAGUACCACCUGAGACUUCCACUUCUCCUGUUGUGACAUCAUCAAGACCAUCCACUAGCACGGAGACAACAAUUGUGCCACCUACAACAACAGAAGUAAAACCUACAACAUCUCAAACAGUUACUACAACUUCAGCCAGUACAACGACAGUGCUGGUUGUCACAGGCACUACAACUGCAACGCCUAAAUAUUCAACAGGGCCUGUUGUUGUCAAGACAUCAACUAGCAUUCCAAUAUCAACUACUCUUGAAUGUGUUUGCACAUAUAAAUAUGAGGAUUAUCCACGGGG